AUGUCGUCUGAGUUGCCUAUUGACCGUGAUCCUGUGUCCGACAACGACGUCGAAGACUCUGAUUGGGACGACUUUUCUGACGCCGAGCUUACGGAAGCUCAAUGCCUGUUCUGCCACAAGAGCUUGCCUUCAAUUGCCGAUGUGUUCGCUCACUGCACUCUUGAGCACUCCUUCGAUUUCUAUGCAUACCGCAAGAGUAACAACCUGGACAUUUAUGGAUGCAUUCGCUUGAUCAACUACAUCCGGUCUAAGGUGCAGAUUGGAGAGAAGCCUGAUCUUGAGUCUAAGGAGUACCUGGAGGGUGAGACUUACUUGAGGCCGGUUCUCGAGAAUGACCCUUUGAUCUUCGACUUGGACGACGAGGAUGACGAAGUGGUUCCUUCCAACGUGGAGUCAUCCGAUCCGAAUGCUACUGUUGAGCGUCUUGCGAAGGAGCUCGCGGAUUUGCGAACUCAGUUUACCGAAUACAAGAAUGCUGUGCGGGAGUCUUUUGAGUCCAAGCAAGACUCCUCGAAUGACAAGCUUCCUGAGUUCAAGCGUGACGAUGACACUCAUUACUUCGAGUCAUAUGGCCACAACGAGAUUCACGAAACCAUGUUGAAAGAUACUGCGAGAACCGAGGGCUACAGAGACUUCAUCUAUGACAACAAACACCUCUUCGUGGGCAAGGUUGUCCUCGACGUUGGAUGUGGUACUGGUAUCCUUUCCAUGUUCUGUGCCAAAGCGGGUGCUGCUAAGGUCUUCGCUGUCGACAACUCUUCAAUCGUCCACAAAGCUCGUGCAAACGUCAUGGAGAACGGUUUGGACAAGAUCGUCACUGUUCUUCAGGGGAAAAUCGAGGACCUUGAACUUCCUGUCAAGGAGGUUGAUAUCAUUGUAUCUGAGUGGAUGGGUUAUGGAUUGAUCUACGAAUCCAUGUACGACUCGGUCCUUAACGCCCGUGAUAGAUACCUUAUCAAAGACGGCUUGAUGAUUCCAUCGGAAACCCGCCUGCUCGUCGCCGGUUUGUCUGACGAAGAGUACAUCAAUGACAAAUACCACUUCUGGAAUGAGGUGUACGGUUUCAAGAUGACUGCGAUGAAGGAAGGUAUCUUGGAUGAGGCUCAUGUGGAAUCGAUCCAGGCAAAAUACUUGAAUACGAACGCCGGCGUCUUCAAACCUCUACCAGCACAUGACAUUACUGUUGACGAUCUGUCAUUCACCUCAAACUUCGAGAUCAAGACUGAGAAAGCAGGACCUCUGACAUCUUUCUUGAUUUGGUUCGACACAUACUUCACUGCUCGGGGGGCCGAGAUUGAAGCGGAUGCUCUCGCUGAGUCGUGGAAACCAAAGGAGGGUAACGCCUUUACUACCGGUCCUAAGGGUAAGGACACUCACUGGCACCAGACUUUACUCAUGUUGGAUGAAGCCAUUGAGCUGAAGGAGGGCGAUAUUGUCAAGGGUAGCAUCCGUUAUGGCAAGGCUGCUGACAACUCCCGCGAGUUGGACAUUGAGGUGAACUGGUCUUGCGAAGCCGCUGGUAAAACGAACGUGCACAAGCUUUAUAAGCUCCGGUGA